AUGAUAGAACUAAUAACUGCUGUAUCUGUUGGAAUUUCAACUUUUUCAAUUUCUACUCCAAUAAUAAUUUAUACCAUAAAAAAUUGUUAUUUAUCGAAACAAAAUAAAUCACCUUCCACAUCAGAAAAUGUGAGAAAAAAAACAUUUGGCAGUGGAAGUGAAGGAGAUUAUGAGAUGUUGAUAGGAGAUUCCAUACAUCCUGUUAAUCCAUCAUCAUCGUCACAACAAAAUACAAUAACAUCACGCAAGACAUAUGAAAUUUGCAGAGAAGAAAAGAAUUGCGUUGAUGAUCAAAAAUUCCAUUAUCAUAGAUUUAGAUUUGAACAUUAUAAAGAUUACUAUUAUCAUAAUAAUCAUUAUCGUGAAUAUAAAAGAAUCAAAAAGAAUCAAGAAAAGAAAAUUUUACUAUGUAAUAUGAAACCAAUGUUAAUGUUACAGAUGGAAAAGUACGAUGAACUUGUAAUUAUAAAAAAUGAUAAUCAAUGCUAA